AUGUCCUUCAAUUAUUUGAUACAGAAAUGCCUUGCUGUGAUCCUACGAUUUGUAGUUAGCCUUGGCAGUCGAGUCUCGGCGAGCCCAGAUGAAGUACGUCUUAUCCAGUCAAGGGAUGCCAGCCGAACCCUCAAGGCCCAUCUGUAUCGGGCUGCCCGCCCCAGUCCUGGCCCAUCUCCCAUUCUCCUGAACUUCCAUGGCAGCGGAUUCAUGCUGGCCCUCCACGGCAGCGAUGAUGAAUUCUGCCGCCUGGUCAGUCGUCAGACCGGAUACACGGUGCUCGAUGUCCCUUAUCGACUGGCUCCCGAACACCCCUUCCCCGCUGCCCUGCAUGACGUCGAAGAUGCCAUUCGGUAUGUCCAAUCGCGGCCAGACGAGUUCGACCAGAGCCACCUCUCUCUCUCGGGCUUCAGCGCAGGCGCCAACCUCGCUCUGGCCGUCGCCUCCAGCCUCUUCCCCCGCGAGACCUUCCAUUCUUUACUGGCCUUCUACCCUGUGACCGAUCUGAGUUCUGAUCCCACCCUCAAAACUGCCCCGGUAGCUGGUGGCCGAGUGAUUCCCGUGUGGGUGGGACGCCUCUUCAAUCGGUCCUAUCUCCCUGCCGGCCUCGAUAAGCGGGACCCACGUAUUUCGCCCCUUUUUGCGCCGGCCGACCGGUUCCCACCACGGCUGCUUAUGAUCACGGCGGAUGGGGACUCCCUGGCCCUGGAGGCAGAGGCGUUGGCUGCGAAGAUCCAGACCGAGGGGGGACAUGUGGUCAGCCAACGCAUGGCGGGAUGUUCUCACGCAUGGGAUAAGCGCACUCUGCCGAACACCCCGCAAUCCCAGGCUAAAGACCAGGCUUACCAGUUGGCUCUUGAUAUGUUGUGA